AUGGGCGUGGUUAAGCUCAGAAAGCGCAACGAAUUGGAAAAGCUGAGAGUGCCGCACAUGCUCGAACCGACGCAUGUGACGCUCAUCGUCAACGGUGAGAACUCGUCUGCGCAGGUAAUGACGGCGGCCACUUGUGUGGACGAGUUCCCCACCACCGUCACAGCCGCUUCGACUUCCACACGUUCAUCGGUAGAUGACGCUUCGGCUGGUGGUUCUAAUGACCAUAUUCAACGAAUUUCCUAUACUAGAAAAAUCGACCCUAAACUUAGGGCGAUGACGAGGAGGACGUCACAUACGCUGCUCUUCGUCCCAGAACAGCGACGAGUCAGCAACGUGUCCGGAAAUUCGGUGGCAAGUUGUCCGUGCCCCGGAGAACUAGCCGAAGAAACGGAUCUUGCGCCGCUUCCACCCCGAUUCAGCCUGAAUCUUAGUCCUGCCGCAUCCAGAAGAAAAAGUGUGCAGACCGGCGCACCAGCGAUCGGAUUCCGUCCUCUGAAAACAUUCGAGCGGCGAGCAAGUCAGCCCACGCUUCAACUCGAAAUUCAGGCAAAACUGAUCGAGCCGGUCGAAGAAGCGCCGGAUAAGACGAAAAUGUUAACUAAACGGGUCAGUUGGUUGUCAAUGAAAAGUUUCCAAGAUCCUGAAAAAUCACCUCGGCGAACAAGUUCUCCAUCGAAAGGCGAUUCACGAACCGCCAGUCAAUACGGUAGUCAGGCGCAGCUCUACGGUGAGCGUGAUUUUGACAGUGAUACACCACCGUUGGAUACAUUAAGUUGGAGUAACGCUGGCAAUGAGUACGAUAAUGUGACGUUGAUGUAUGCAAAACAUGAGAAGAUACCGAUGAAGGAUUUUGGUUCCGAAAUUCGUGCAACUAUGGAUAUUGAUCAUUUGUUGAACAAAGCUGUACUGCUACUUGAUUUACAAGAGACAAGUUUGGAGGAAAUUUUUGCGAAGAUCAUCCAUGAAAUGGACAUACAGGAACCCGAAUUCACUAGCGAACAAGUUCGGAGCGUAUUAUUCACUCAAGAUGCUGGCAAUCAAUUCCACAUCCUCAGUCGAACAGUGCAAUCGAUAUGCACGACCGGAUCGAUUGGUGGCUCAUUCGAUUAUGAUCAAACAUGGAUAUGUGCAUUAUGUAUGCUAAACACAGUACAACAUCGUCACGUCGCCAUUGCCAGAUUGUCACAUCCAACGAAUCUUGGUCGAACCAUGCAAGAUCUACGGUUUAUCAUUAUCGUCAUAGCGCCUAGCAGAGCGAAAGGUACAAAAACCGCCCUUGAGACCACCAGAACUUUUGCUACGUUGUUCGCAGACAUGGAAAUUCGGCAGCGCCUCGUUAUGGCCCAAUCGGUGGAAGCAUUCAGGUCUACGUUGCUCUCUGCCGCGAAAGAACUCGCAAUGGAUCAAAAUCAAUGGCGCGAACGAAAAUCAUCUAUUCAUCUAAGCCAGGCGAAAGAGCAAAUUUUCGGUCCGAACGCAUGGUAUCCGUUUCGUGGUCUAAUGGAAGAGUUCAAGCGACGGCUUGCCGUCUAUCCAUCGGAUUUCACCGAUGGUGUUAGCGGUCAUCGAACGGUGCAAAAAUUGUUUUCCACUGUUGUUUUUCUUUAUUUUGCUUGUCUCCUGCCCGCAAUUGCCUUUGGUGUGCUCAACGAUGACAAUACGAAUGGAGGCAUUAAUGUUCGAAAAGUAAUCAUUGCUCAAGCAAUUGGUGGUAUUUUUUUCUCGUUGUUCGGCGGUCAACCGAUGAUCAUCUUGCUCACCACCGUACCAUUAGCUAUAUACAUAAAGGUGAUCUAUAAAAUUUCUGAAGAGCUCGGAUAUGAUUUUUUCGCUAUGUACGCAUGUGUUGGGCUGUUUUGUCAAUUAUUUCUCGUGCUAUAUUCGGCUACUGAGUUGUGCAGUUUAAUGAAAUUGGCAACCAGGUCCGCCGAAGAGAUGUUUUCUUUAUUUAUUGCUAUAGCAUUUACUGUAGAAAGUAUACGGGCAAUACAUAAUAUAUUCCUCAAAAACUAUAGUGGAUGUGAUUCAACAAAACCUACUAAUGAGAACUCUACAACCCUUUCUAACCUAACUUCUGCAGUUGCACAGGAGAACGGUGUACUGUGUAGAAGGGACACUUCAAUACUGUACAUGCUACUGAUGUUCGGCACGUUAUGGCUGGGACUUUUUCUGUACAACUUUAGAAAAACGCCAUAUCUGACAAGAUCACGCCGUGAAUGGCUGGCCGACUACGCAUUGCCGGCAUCCGUUCUCAUUAUGUCCUUCACGGGAUCAUAUUGUUUCGCUGAUAUUGCAAAGGAUCGAUUCAGACUGCGAGAGAACGUGCCAAUUAUGCAUCUUGCAGAUAUUUUCUCUUUGCCACCUUCCGGAUAUUUUGUGUGCCUUUUGUUAGGGUUCUCAUUGUCGUUUCUGUUCUUCAUGGAUCAAAAUAUCACAUCGGCAAUUGUUAAUAAUCCGCAGAACAAACUCAAGAAGGGCCAAACACAAAAUCUUGACCUCUUCGUUGUGGCGCUGUUAAACGUCUUUCUGUCCAUGUUUGGUCUACCGUGGAUGCAUGGAGCGUUGCCGCAUUCCCCGUUACAUCUCAGAGCUCUGGCUGAUGUUGAAGAACGGGUAUCGCAAGGGCAUGUGCAUGAAGUGAUAAUGAAUGUUCGCGAGACACGCUUAGCGACGUUAAUUGCGCACUCAUUGAUACUCAUAUCGACCUUCUACUUGAUACCGUAUCCACUGCAAUUGAUCCCCACCUCUGUUCUACAUGGAUUGUUUUUAUAUAUGGCGCUCACCUCACUGUCCGGCAACGAGAUGUUCGAGCGGUUAUUAUUGCUUAUCACCGAGCAGCAAGCGUAUCCUCCCACUCACUACAUCCGCAAGGUCCCACAACGAAAAGUGCAUCUAUUCACCGCAUGUCAAUUAUUACAAUUAAUUAUUUUAUGUGGAUUCGGGUUCUCGCCAUAUCCUUUCAUCGAGAUGGUUUUCCCGAUCGUUUGCUUCUUCUUCUUACCAAUCAGGCACACGCUUAUACCACGUAUAAUCGACUACAAGUAUCUUGAUGCUCUUGACGGUCGGCAUUAA